GAACUUUUGAGCUCUGGCUGUUGUUGCAGCGCGGGUGUAUUUUGACGCGGCACAGAUAUGGGAACGCAUGUUUGCAGAAAACAGAUGGUGCAAUGGAUGUGGAGAUGGCGUGUUUGUCCUGUGGCUACGAGCAGAGGUCAUAUGCCGUUCUGCACCACACAAGAGCCCCUUCACUUGAAUCCAUCUCGCACCGGUCAGGUCACCCACAGUCCUGUGACCCAGCUCACUCUGUCCUCUUUGCUUGAAAUGGGCUUCUCAGAAACUCAAGCCGAGGAGAUGCAUGAAGGUGCAACGAAGAGCCGUGGGAAACAUGUUCCGUCUGUUCUGACAGCACUGUUGCUCCUGGGAUUAAAUCCCUCCAGUAUCCUGAAAAUAAUGCAAAAGUGUCCAGAGGUAUAUUCACUUAAAGGUGCGGAAUUACAGCAGCGCAUCAAUCAUCUGAGGAAGAUGGGAUUGUUAGAAGGCAGUCUGCAGAGGAUGAUCAGUCACUACCCCAAGAUCAUGGUCCUGCCUAUCAAGAGGGUAAACAUGGUGUCCCGAUUGCUUAAAGAAAAAUGCCUCUUCACCGUCCAACAGGUGACAGACAUCCUCAGAGACUCACCUGAGGUUUUAGAGGAGGAUUUGGUCCAGCUGGAGUACAAAUUUCAGUAUGCAUAUUUCCGUAUGGGUGUGCGGCAGGCAGAGAUGUUGAAGGCGAAGGUGUUCCGGAUGUCUCUGUCUGAGCUGCGGUGUCGUCACUGUUUUCUGGAGCGGAGGGGACUGUACCAGACGCCAGACAAGAAAGGCCAAACACUCAUCGCCAACCCCCCGCUCAACGACGUCCUCUGCGUCUCAGAGGAAAAAUACCUGACACAGGUCGCCAUGGCAACUGUAGAGGAGUUCCAUGUUUUUCGCAAACUGAUGACGAGAGAGCAGGAGGAAGAAGGGAGGGAGGACGAGUACAGCAGUGAUGAGGACGAGGAGUUAGGGGAGGAUAAAGAAGAUGAUGAUGAUGACGGACAGCACGGGAGGAAGCAUCACUGGAACACUGGUUACAAGAAGGACAGGAGAUGAGGCAUUUUGUAUAAAAAUGAAUCAAAAUUAAUAAACUUUUUAAUUCAGCAAAAUUCA